AUGACCCUGUCCCCAACAAAAGCUGAGGAGCUGCCGGUCUCUGGUGGAAGUGGUAAGAAGCGGGACCCCUUGGGGUCAGUGGCUAUUCAUCCGAUUCUCAAAGAUGUUGGAGAAAUAUAUUCUCGGCUACUGGAUCACAGACCGGUUAUUCAAGGAGAAAUCCGUUACUUUAUUAAAGAAUUUGAAGAAAAACGCGGCUUCCGGGAAGUGCGGGUUCUUGAAAACCUAAAGAACACAGUUUUUGAAGCGAAUGAUCAAACUCUGCCGAAGUGUGAAGAAGUCAUGCAUGACAAUCUAAGUGAAGUGCUGAGGAGAUUACAGGCCAGCAAUGAGAUAACCGGCAGACUCCAGCAGAGAGAGCAGGAAGAAAAACAGCUGCAGACCCAGACGCUAGCGGCUGGCGAAAAGCAACGGAUAGCCCAGUGGGAGGAAUUUCUGAAGGAACAGCACAGCCAGAAAGCGGUUGUGGAUGAAGAGCAUGCCAAAGCUAUGGAGCGCCUUAAAGAGCAGUACGUCAUCAUGGAGAAGGACCUGACCAAGCGCACUCUCUGAGUGUUCUUGUUUUGCAGCAGGACUGUUCCUCUUUUGCAGCAUCAUCGCUCGGCUGGUUCCAGCAUCCUCCGUCACAGAAUUGCCAACACAGUAUCUCCGUUCGGGCGACACGGCAGCCAUAGCAAGAACGGUAAAAUAAAAAUCAGUGUCGCUUUUAAAAAACUUGAGUGUGCACUACCAGUGUUCUGCCCUAGCAAACGAGGUUAGUUGGAUUGUACCCCCUUGAAUUAUCCAUCUUUCCAGUAUAUCUGAUUUUUCAUGCAGUCAUUAUAAUGAUAUAUGUAUUGCGAGAGCACAGACUGAAGGGAGACGGGCAUGGAUUUGGCUUGGGAGAGAAGACGACGCUUUUGCAAGAAGACGUGGUAAACAGGCUUGUUGGGUGAAGCGAAUUGUGAAAAUUGAACCGUACAGACCUCCAGGUGCCAACGACUGGUGGAAGUAAAUAGUCUUGGGUUGGUACUUAUGCUGUUUAUGCUUU